AUAUAUAUCUCCGAGCAACAAUAUCAAACAAUAUGGCCGCGUCGUAAUGAAUACACUGAACGGCAAGGAAGAUUGAUGGAAAGUGUUGACUUUUGGAUUAUUUGACGCACGUUGUUAUCGUCAUCUAUUCGAAGGAAUGGAAGGGGAUAAAUGUGGCGUUCGGAUUACGCCAUCGGUGCUAGAAUUUUAUGAUGCCGAAGUGAACACCGUGCAUCAACUAAAUGUCACUGUCAAAAACACGAGUAAAACCAGCAAAAGCAUUCGUUACUAUGGUCCAAAAUCUAAGUAUUUUCAGUUAAAAGUAAGGAACCCAAACAAGCCUGUAGCACCUGGACUAUGUGUGCCAGCUGUUAUAGAAUUUGAAAUCAAAGAGGAGAAGGAAGUAACAGACAGACUUGUAGUCACUGUAGACGGAGAUGUGAUAGAAAUUCCUCUGGUUGCAUAUCCACCCCAACCGCUACUUGAAAUAGAGCAAGUUGUAAACUUUGGAAAUCUAGUGGCUAACAGUAAGACAGUAUCGCACGAGAUAUCCCUGGUAAACCACGGGUCAAAGGCAGGAGACUUCAAGAUCAAGUACAAUGGGGACAAACCUAUUGCUAUCAUGCCCAGCAGUGGUUCUGUACCCCCUAAAAGUGUCCAGAUGAUAAAGGUUGAAUAUGUUACAAAACAAGCAGGAACAUUUGAAGAAGUUGCAAAGGUCAAACUUGAAGGGAAGGAAACCAAAAACCUUGUGAUAACGGGACAGUUAGUGGACAGAACACUGGAGGUUUUGGCUGUGAACACACGGCAGCCAAUAGAAUGUGUUCGCUUUGGAAGCACUUACUAUGGUUCUGACAAGACAGAGUGUGCUCUACUGUUCAACAACGGACCAGAACCUAUCAAUUUUGUGGCUGUUUUGGACGAAGAUGCAGUUGCACAGGAAAUGGGUGUGGACCUGACCAAGAGUACUGUGGAUGCUUUGGCCGAUCAAGGUUCAGACAGUGCUGAGAAACCUCAAGGCAGAACAAACGUACUGACCUCGCUGAUCACAGCCAUCCCCAACCAGGGCACACUGCAGCCCUACGAAAAGAUACCAGUAUUCUUCAGGUUUAGUCCAAGAUGGAAUGCCUCCAAAGAGGGAUGGAAGGGACAGAAAAAGCCCCCACCCAGGAAGGACUUUGCCCUGUUUAUGAGGAUUCAGAUUGUAGGAUCAAGUACAGGAUUUAGUGCCAAAUCCCCUACUAAAUAUGCAGAUGGUUCGUUUGUGGAGGUAGCCCUUACUGGUACAGCCUUACCUGUACUGUUGUCUGUGAUGCCAUCCCUGAAGUAUGACUUUGGAGAGUGUCCUAUUGGAGAACACGCUGAUGUCCUGUGUACCAUUAAAAACGAGUCGACUGAUCUGGCCACUACAUUCCAGUUCAGGAGGGUGGCUCAUUUUUCCACACAUCCACCAAGUGGGAAGAUUCCACCAAACCAGUCUCAGGAUGUUAUAUUCUCCUUUUCACCAAAACAAAUUGGUGGGUUCAAGACAACCCAGAUGCUGGAUGUGAUUGGACAGGUGGCGGACAACCAGAAUCCGACAGUGGUCAACCUACAGGUGAUCAGCUCCUUCCCCCUCACGUUCCUCGGCAGUAGUGACCCUAUCUUCAAGAAGAAGCAGCCUAAGUACAACCCAGGUAUCACACCUUACAUCAGCAAUGAGGUGGGUAUGUUUGUGGAUACCACAUUCUCCCAGCUAGACGAAAACCCCAGGAAUGCUGUAGCAGGGGGACUAAAGCCUGGACUCCAUUCUUUGAAAAACAUUGAUCCCUUAGACAAGGAUGCACGAGUGUCAUUCCCUAACGACAGGGCGACUAGUAUUCGGCCCAGUGAGAGGGGCGAGACCUAUAAAACUAUAUUUACUAAGACAAAACGUCAUAACUAUGUAGACCCUGACUAUGCCCUGAAUCUCUCUGAGGAAGCCAACAAAGUCAACCAUCGUAACAGCUAUGUUGGCAUGCUUCGUCAAAUGAGGCAAAACCGUCUCAAUCAGAUUAAGUCCAGAGAGUUUAAAGACACCAACAAUAAACUGGAUAUAGGAAUCAAAACUGCUGCCGGUCUAAGGCCAAAGCGUCUUACACAGAUGGAGAUCAUACCUGACCCUAGGAGUCCCACCCCACCAAAUGCAGACUUUAAACUCUUGAGUACAAAGGAACUGUCUACUGCGGAAGCUGAAACUCUUACUAAAGAGGCAUGUGAAGGUCUGAAUGCUGUACCCACAACUAAAAAGGAGAAGCUCGACUGUUCUAAGUGUCUGUCUCCUCAGCAGCUGCACCAGAUUAUCAUAGGUCCUCCCACCCUGGACUUCGGUCAGGUGUGUCUGCGGUCAGUCUGUACAAAAAAUCUGGCCAUCAUUAACAACUUGGACACAAACAUACACAUUGUGGCAGAGAUUGACUGUCGGGAGCUGAGACAGAGCAGUCCAUUGUCCCAAGUUGUUCCUCCCAAGUCCAAAGCUCAUCUUCCGAUAGUGUAUGAAUCCAACACUAAAGGAAAAUUCCAGAGGUCAGUGUCCUACACUGUCAAUGGUCAUUACAAGCACCAUGUGACAGUUGUAGCAGAGGUAGUACCUGUAGCCCUGGACCUCUCCACCGAGGAGCUCAUCCUUACGCCCGCAUUUGGACUCCCAGCUGAAGCAGAGUUCCGUGGAGUGAUUACACUAUAUAACAAUCUCAAUUACCCGGCUGAGUUUACGUGGGCCCCCAACCUAGGGGACAGAGGCACAGCUUUCUCUAUCAGGCCAGCCACAGGAAUCGUGGACGCCCACAAGGACUUGGACUGUGAGGUGGUGUGGCAUCCCUCCUUCCUCGCCCCUGAGGAUGGUUCCUUCUCUCUGAUGGUACAUGGUGGCCCCACCCUGCAGCUCCAAUGUAAAGUCGAGAUGGGAACACCAAAUGUCCAAUUCAUGGAGAGGAGGGUAAUGUUUGGCCAGACGCCAAUCAAUCUGACCACAGUAAGAAGUGCUCUUCUGGCCAACACCGGUCAGCACCAUGCCUACUUCCAGGUAAUCGACUCCAACCCGUUCCCCGGCCUGAUGGUGACUCCCUUACAUGGAGUGGUGCCUGUUGGUGGUCACGCUGAACUCAAAGUACAGUUGACCCCUUCAGCCAUCCUCAAGUUUGACACAAAGGUUCAGGUGGCCAUCAAGGGGGGUAAGGUGCUGGAGUUGAGGAUGGGUGGCACUGUAGAACCGCCGACGGUGGACAUAGACAUGGACUCAUUUAACUUUGGCGGUGUGUACUGUGGGUCUGGAGCUACCCUCCCAUUCAAACUCGCUAACAAGGCAAUUACAAAAGUAAAGUUGGAGCUUGAUUUAACCAGAUACAAAGACUUCUCUCUGAACUUCUCUGGGUACCAAACACAAGAUGAUUACAGCUAUCAGAUGUUGAAUCCAGGGAUGUUCACUGUAACUAUGGCGCCGGAGGAAACCAUUGAAGGGGAGAUAAUCUUCACUCCAUCAGAGGUGGCAGCCUAUGACUUCAUCAUGCCUGUUAUAAUCAACCAGAUUGGAGCUCCAUCUCCAGCCCCUACCCCCUUCCCUCCUACCCCUGCCCCCUCAAACAAGAACAGCAUACAGCAUAUUAUCAACCCCCGCCCCCAGCCCCUGUCCAUUGCCACUCCAAGGAAACAUGUCAUCGCCACAGCCCUGCGGCAGCCAUUACAACUCUCUUCCAACAAGAUAGAGUUUGCACUGCCGUCCACCUUUGAGGAUCCCACCGCCUCCACCGGACUGGGAGUAUCUAAGCACACUGUUCAACAGGGUACCGUGCUCGUUAACAACAGUGACAAGCCUCUCAAGUGGUUGCUGGAUCUGUCUGCACCUGUCAAGGCUCUGCAGGACGGAAUCAUCAAAUUUAUCCAUCCAUCAGGUGUGCCGUUUGUGGUGAUGGACCCACAGGAGAGUAAAGGCGUGGAGGGUAUACUGGAACCAGGACAGACCCAGCACAUUGCCAUUUUGUUCUGUCCCACUGAGCCAUGUCGCCAUGAGUUGGUGAUCCCAAUUCUGAUCAAUGACUCAGAAAAGCCGUACCAGUAUCUACAGGUCAUUGCCGAGAUGAAGUCCCCAAAGCUUUGGUUUGACCCUCUAGCCAUUGUCAUGACCCCUGUGCCUCUUAUGACGGAGGUUUCCACAGAAUUUACUGUCCUAGCUGGACAAUACAGCAAGCCAUCCCAGAUCUCCGUGAUUACCCCGACGGUGGAAUGUGAGGACGGCAGUACAAUUUCACCUAUCAGUGUUGUCUGGCCUGAGGGGUCAGAGGUGAGUCCCUGCUGUGGAGAUGAUGGACAGAUAGAACCCUGUGCUCUGCCCUGUAAACUCAUCUUCUCUAGCCCAAAACCAGUCUCCUUCGCAGAGCCAAUCCUGUUUGUGGACUCAGAUGACCGGAAAUUUAAGCUGAUGGUGAUGGCCACCUCUGACAACUGCCUACUGACUUGUUACCACUUCCUGGCCCUCCACAGGACUGACCACCAGAUUGUCUGUGAACAGGGGGCAUCACCCAAGGGUCGUAAGUUCCUGACGAAGGAGAGUCUUAGUGGUGGUGAGGCUGUGAUCGUCCCGUGUGUAUCCCCGACACACAACAGUCGCCCCAGCACCAGCGCAACCAGCUCCAACUUCCAGAUCUCCUCCUCAAGCUAUGAGUCAUCUGGUAGUGUGACAGAUUCCACCGAUGGCAGUACCCCAGUAAACCGGGAGGGUGCUAUGAACAAGCCUCCAUCAGGCUCUGAGCACGCCAUGAGUCGCAACCAGCAGGACCUCGCCUCUCGCUCACUGGGAUCAGCAAUGUUCCCAGACGAGGAUUCUGAGGAGGGAAUAUUCCACUUGGAGGUUCUCCUUGCAGUCCAAAGAUGGUACUCCUCUCAGGGCUGGCCAUCAGGGCAGUUCCCCAUCAGUAUACCACACUCACUCAGGAGUGGUAUCAGUAGGAAGCCGAUCAAUGAUGACAUGCCCAAGCAGGCCAAAGCUGGAAGCUGGGACACCAACAACCUGAAAAAGGAAUUCAAAACCAUCUACGACAUGAUGUGUCACCUUGCCGGACGACCCAUACCUGGGAUCCCGAUUAACUCACCUUUACCCUCUGACCCCAUAGAGCGGGUCAAACAGGUGUACUGGCAACAUUCAACGCUGCUUACAUUCCUCAAGUGUCAGGGUGCCUGUGUGGCGUCCAUUAAGCCGGAGUACCUGAUGGAGCCACGGGACUACCAUCUGUGGAAGCAAAUGCAAAAGCAGCUGAAGCUGGAACUUAUGACACAGGGUGAGGAAGAGGAGGCCAAGAGGAUGGAUGAGGAAGAGGAGCUGGAGGGUGAUGUGUUUGAGGCAGUUUCUAAACGUGCCUGGACUGAUAUCCUCCUACAGAUUCUCAAGUGUGUGGUCCUCAGUAAGGUGACUCCACGGAGCCUGAAAAACCUUGUGUCACCUGACAAGAAUGUGGAGAUGCCCAUUGUGAACCCAGACCCACUCAGCAGCAACAUCUAUUGUGUAGGGGAGAGAAUUAUCCUGACCUGGCUCAACCACCACUAUGAGCACUACAGGACACGUAUCUGGUCCAACUGUAGCAAGGGUGGGGUACCUCCCUCUCGUUGGAUUGUUAACUAUGACUUUGACCUGUUGGACGGACUGGUGUUGGCUGCUGUCCUUGGAGCUCACAUGCCCUUCCUGAUAAAGACCCACCUCCAGGAUAUGUACACUCACCCUGCAACCGCGGAGCAAUGCCUCCACAAUGCUCUCAAGGUUGUCAACGCCAUGAGAUAUGCCGGAAUAGACUAUGACAUACAGGCGAUUGACAUCACAGACCCUAACCCCAUCGCCCUGUUGUUACUUUGUGUGAACCUGUACCAGAGACUGCCCCAGUACAUCCCCAAGGCCACCAUCGACUUCUCGGGAAGUCUGCACGCCUCAGUUACCAGACAGGUGAAGUUGAGUAACCCCAGCGGUAAGACACUUGUUUACCAAGUACUUAUUGCUGGACAUGAUGCUCGUGACUUCGGCGUUCCCAAGGGUGAAUUUGUAUCGAUUUCUCCGAGAUCCAUCCUUUAUCUCAAUGUGGAUUUCACAAGUCGAUUUCUACGCCCUGCAGAGGCCACACUGAUUCUGGUGGGGCGUCGUCACGGGUCCUCAGUCGGGACAACAUUGACGUUCAAUUUAAGAACCCAGAUAGAUAACAUCACGCCCAAGCAGAAGAAAACAGAAGAGUACACUAUUAAGUGUGAGGCGCCGUGUUAUGAGCUGGAGAAGAUUCCCAUCAAUGUGCGGAAUCCAUUUAAUGAGGCUGGAGACUUUAGGAUCGUUCUUGUUGAGGCUCAGUCCAGUCUUCUCGAACCAGGAAAAACAGCAUCCCUGUUAAAACCAAAAGAUAAGAGGAAACGUAAAGUGCGUGCUCGUAUUGACCAUGGUCAGAAACGUCCAGAAACUCCCCCCACUCCUCCGCCAAAACUGCCAGAGGAAACAGACAAAAGCAAUGAUGACCAAGUGUCCAUGAGUGCAUUCUACAGCCCCAACUCCAGUGUUUAUCUGGAUGCUAAGGGCUCGUCUACCGUCGAGAUCUACUUCCUACCCUUUAACAUUGGGGAGCGACAGGUGUCUGUGAUCUUCCUCAAUGAAUCAAUAGGAGAGUUCCUGUAUUCGGUGGAGGCCACAGCCACCCUGCCCCUCCCAGCUGUAGUACCCUUCGUUAAAACCCCCCACAGUGUCAGGAUCAGCAGUGCUGCAGCAGCAGGUACUGGGCGUGGUCUAUUUGGUGGUGAUGACCGAGUCGUGUACUGGAAGUGUGAGUCAGGUCAGACACUUCAAGAGAACCUCAAGGUUCCAGUCCUCAACAAGACUAAAGAGAAGGCCCUUCUGAUGGCCGCCCAACAGCACAUGUCAUCCAUGGAGCUCCAGCGACGGCAGAUUACGGGGACCCUCAAAACGAGUAGUGUCACCGCAAAAACUAUCUCUCUGCUCACGAACAACGUAGCACAAAGCAUUAGCCGUACUGCAAAGAGUGUGUCAUCAGAAACGGGAGUACUAGAGACAAACAACUCAGAAAACAUGCCCAGCAAAUCUCCAUACGAGGCCGAGUUUACUGUUGAAGUAGACUCUGAAUUCUUCAGUGUACCCAACAAACUGACAAUGAAGCCUCCCUCAUCUUCACGGUCACACAGUGCUCCGGUCUCAGACUACCAAGGAAGGGAGCCUUUCAUGGAGCUGCCCAUCAAGUUCAAGGCCAAGGAACCAGGUCACUAUCCAUGUGAGAUCAUCCUGAGGGGCAGUGACGAUGUCAGGGUCUACAAGAUAGAGUGUACUGUCAACCCUGAGGGCAGCACCGCAGAGUUACAGUUCAAAACCCCUGUCCAUCAGUCCGUCUCACAGGAAAUACCAGUCGUAAAUAUGACCAAUCAUGACUGGCCCUUGAAAGCGACGAUAGAGGGAUCUGGAUUCUAUGGACCUCCCACAGUACUGGUCAAGGCAUACAACCCCACAACCUACCCACUGGUCUUCAAACCUCAGAAUGAGGUUGAGGUCAAGGGUAAGUUGGUCCUGACCAAUACUGAGGAUGGUACGGAACACAUCUACCACCUCCAUGGUCGGCCAGAGAAACCACUCGCUCUCGACCAUGUAGUCAUCAAAUGUGAUGCCAAGAAAAGCACGGCACAUAUUCUGAAGAUUCCAAAUGUUACCAAAAGGAAAAUGUGUUAUAGGGUUGAGUCUGACCUGCCGUUCUUGAGUGGGAAUACAUCCCUGACAGUGCUUCAGGGUAAGACAGGGGUGUAUAAUAUGUCCCUGACACCCUCCAGACGAGGUAUCUACAAGGGUAUUGUAGCUUUCAUCGCCGGCAAGAAUCCAGUCAUUGAGGUGGACAGCGAUGGAGAUGAGAUUCCUGAGGAUGAGGAUGAGGAGAGUAGGAAAUACUAUGGUUACCGUAUCUGGUACUCCUUGGAGGUCCAUGUGAAACCCCCACCACCUGAGCGCAUCAUGUCUGUUGUCUGUGCUUGUCAGAAAAAGGCGGUGAUAGAAGUGAUCGUGAGGAAUCCAACGCCCAAUUAUAUCACCAUUCAGGCUCAAAUAGAGGGGCGCAACCUCUCUGGACCCUCCAGUAUUUCUUUGGAUGCCGGUGAAAAGGAUGUCUACUCCGUGACAUAUGCCCCGGCAAUCAUAGGCAAACAGAGGGGAAGUCUAAUAUUUUACCAAGAGAGUGUGGGAGAGUUCUGGUAUGACCUUCGCCUGCAGGCCGAGCCCCCACCACAGACCACCCUUCUUCACAUGGAGUGUGACCUUGGGCGGUGGACUAAGCAGACAAUAUUGUUAGAGAACCCGACAGACGAGAGCCUGGAGCUGAUCCCGACCAUGUCAAACACCAACAACUUCUCACUGGAGCGUGACAAUGAACGCCCAAUAGUGCUCCGACCACGCUCAUCCAUCCAGGUGCCCAUCCACUUCAUGCCGUCCACUCUAGGCCAGGGUGACCACCUGACCAAGGUCAUCUUUAAUAGUGAACAGCUUGGUGAGUGGGUGUUCAUUGCUUCGGGAACGGGACUGCUGCCGCUCCCCCAGGACCCAGUCAGUGUAUUCACAGAGGCCGGCUCUAACACCACCCUCAUCAUUCCUUUCCGUAACCCAAUGGAUCACGCUGUUAUGGUGGACAUCUUACUUAGAGAUACCAAUGCAGAAUUAGAUCGACUGACAUACGAAAAUUCAAACCCUUCUAAUAAAACGGCUGAUGACUCGGCCUUCUGCUUGCUGCUGAAACACAGGAACAUGAUCCGAGUGGGACCAAAGUCCACGCUGGAUAUCCCAGUGUGUUUUGCUCCAACAGAGAUGAUGAAGUAUGAUGCUCUGUGUACAGUUGUGGUACGGAAAGAGGACGGUGGAAAGUGGCAGUAUGCUCCAAGGGAUAGCGAAGGUUACCAAUUAUCCACGACUGGCAGUGAUGGUCUUCAGGAGAUCAGGUGGGUCUACCCCAUCAGUGGCAUCCCCGAGUCCAAACCAGCCAAGGACACCCAGGGGGCAGUCAUUGAAUGUAAGGCUAGGGACCGUGUUGAGGAGAGGUUAGAGGUUACACUAGCAGGUGUGGCUCCAGCCAGCUCUGGCCCACAGAGAAGUAUCCUCACCAGAUCUGUUACCCCGAAGGACCAGAAACCAAAGAUCGCUGAUGGUGUGGUCAUUGGAGAAACAUUAGCCACAGCAGAGGAGUUUGUCCAUGAGUUAGGAUUCACCGACAAUGAGGCACAGGAAAACCUUCAGAACUCUGUUGCUGUGACCUUGGUGCGUCAACAGCGCGACACCAGCUCGGGCCUGGUCAUCCUCGUCUACAAUAUUGUUUAUGCUCCCUUUAAACCAAUGAGCCACAACGUUGAGCUAGUAGUGAAGGCGGCCACUGGGGGCUUGUGGCGCUUCCCACUCAAGUUUGUGGCAGCAGAGCCACCAUCGGACGACACAAUCACCAUUGAGGCCACUGGCCUGAACCAGGAGUCAAGUGUAGGCUUCCGACUCACCAGUCAGGCCAAACAUCCUGUGAUAUAUAAUUCUUACUUUGCGGCCGGAAGUGAUCCCGAGUUUCUUGUAAGCCCCCAGUCUGGAGAACUCCUGCCACAGGGGACAAAUGGAACCCUGCUGAAAAUCAGUUUCAAACCUGCUGUCUACGGCAAACUGUAUCAGGCUAAACUGAUUGUACAGACACCAGACAUGCAGUGGAGCUACAACGUAAAGGGUGUGCUGCCCCAGUACAACCCACCCCGGGGGAUCUCCACCCAGCCCAUGGCUGGGCCACACCCUGAUCCCAGACUCAGGAUGGAACGAGUCAACUACAUCCGGGAAAACAUUCGAUUACUUACAACUGCAGUGUCUUCACCAAUCAAGGGAGCGAAUGUAGUCCCUCGUAAACUUGUCCAUUUCUCGUGAUGUUAAUAACAGGAUUUGAAAAUUUAUUUUAGGAAGAAUAAAUUAUUUCAGUUGACAUUUCAAGACAAAGUUUCAGGAAUUUAUUAUAAACAGUGGUAAAAAAAGCAAAAGAUUGUGACGAUUGUGAAUGAUUUGAAAGUUAUUGAAGUGCUGAUGUGAAAUUCAUGAAAUAGACAAUAUAGAAGCCAUUGAAUUUGUUAAAAGAAUGUACUUGUUACUGAUAAGAACUGUGAUAUUUGUUGAGAGAUAUUAAAGUGAUCUAUAAUAAAGUUAUAAAAGGAUACAAAAUCAGAGCAAUCAGUGAUUAGGAAACAUAGCAUAAGAAUUUAUGUAUAAAAGGUUAUUUUAGUUAUAAAGAAAGGUUGUAGUUUUUUAUGGUUUUUGUCUUGUGCAUUAUCAUAAGUGUAUAAAUCAUGUCAAAGUAUUUAUAAUAGUUUUAAACAAUGCUCUCCUGAGACUUGAACUGCAUUAUCUCCCUUUGUAUAAAUUGAAUUGUUGAUAUUGUAUAUUGCAGUAUUAUGUAAAUCACAAUAUGCCAAUUAGUAACCAAAAUAUCUGGUCUUCACUUCCAGAUAACAAAGAUAAAGCAUUCUAUGAUUAACACACUUUAUAAAAUGGAAAAGUACAUAUUUGUGAUAUACUAUAUGGUGCGAGGGUAUACCUACAUGCCCAGUAGUAAACACUUGCUGCUGUUUCACACACUCAAGCAUUAAAUAUUUACCAAUAUUAUACAUAUUUUCUACUUUAAAUUUUGAUUUGUGAUAAUUUGAAGAGCAGUUAACCUUGGUCCGUCCAUUUGAUUUUGAGAUGUACAGAACUAUCUAUUUGAUGAUGUAACUAAAUCUUGUUAUCACAUCCGGGAUAUUUAUUAAAGAGUUGUAUAUAUUCAAUCCCUUUUUAAUUUGGUUUGAUAAUGCCAAAUUUCCAUAUGUGAUGUUGUAUAUUUCAUACAUGUGUAAAUAUUCAGCAUUAUGUCAGUCCUGUGAUAUCAACCGUGUACUAAUUGUAUAGGUUACAUAAUCAGGUACUUUAAUAUUGACGACAGUGCGAUAUAUAAUGGAGAAUAGAACUACAGCUCCAUCCAAACUCUGGUACACAUGAUAUUCUGUCGGCUGUUUAAUGCCCUGUAGAACUACAUUAUCUGUUGUCGUUUAUGAUACUGUAGGCUUAACACUACCAGAUUCAGACUCUUGUAUGUCAAAAGCUGAACACUUUGUAUAAGUGAUCCGUUAAACUAUAAACUUUUGUUGAAGUUUAAAAGUUGUAUAAAUAUAUAUAUUUUCUUGUGAAAUAAAGUAAGAUCUGUACAUG